UUCGUCGUCUGCUACAGUUCAUUUCGCACGGUUUUUAGUACAGAGUGUUUUUAGAUAAAUGUGUCAUCGCCUUGCUAUAACCGAUGAUAAUACUAUGAUUUAAGAAGUUUUUUUUUGUAUCUCACUGUCAUUCGUUCUGCGAUUGCGAAUUUAUUUUCUGUUUUCAAAGAAUUUUCACUGUAUCACUGUUAUAUGUGCAAACCCAUAAUAAAUGGCCAUUAAAAUAAUUAAUUAUUGUGAUAAAGAUGUAUUAAAUUUUUCUUUACCUUUGAUUGUAGGAGAAAUUCUAACAGCCAUAGAUAGUAAAAUUAUCGUCCAAAAUGAAACGUCCAAUUCCGAGUCCAUCAUUUGGCCUGUUAUUAAUGGAAGGUUUAAAAUUCUUGUCAAAUUAAAAAUUGGUGAAAAUAGAAUAAAGUUUCAACACAAAAAUUUUGUAUGUUUUUUGCAUUUAAUUUAUGAACCCUUAAAGUGCGAACGAUUUAUUCGCUUAGUAUACAUUAAGUGCAAAGACGGUGAUGGCACAUUCCAAGCUCCUCAAAAUGAAGAUAAUUCUGUUAAUAGUGCUUGCAGACGAUUAGGCCUUGCUGGAAAAAUGCUGCAAACUUUUACAUCAGAUAAAUUAAAAGAGCAUAACCUUAGUGGGAAAACUUUUCGUUUGGAAGAAGAAAAUGAUGAAGUGGUUUGUCAUGUUUUUACUUCUUCGUUGUCUUUAGCAGAGGCAUACAAAUUAAACGAGGAACAAUUAUGGUCACAUUUUGCUAUAGAAUUGAUGAAUUCCAAACUGAGAAUUGGUAAUAAAUGUAAAUUCUUAGCAUUUCUUUCAUUUACUCGUUAUGAUAAUAAUUCAAAUACACCUCCUUUAAAUCAUAAGGAGGUUCUGGCUCUGACAAAAGGUCAGGUUGCUUUAGGUGGAGGAGGUUUAGCCUUGUUUGGAUCAGGAUGUUUACACACUUGGCCUGAAAGCCUUCAAGAAAUUCCAUGGAGAUUUGGUGAUAAAAGGAAGAUUGAUAGAAUGAGUUUAAUGGAUGACAGUGCAAACAGAGGUUGGUAUUGGGCAUGUUAUUCUACUGGUCUUGGAGCAACUUUACACGAGUUAGGUCACACUUUUGAUCUUGGACAUACAAAUGGUGGUAUUAUGGGAAGAGGAUUUGAUGACAUUCACAAGUACUUCAUCAUUGACAUGUUUUAUCAUGAUCACCUUUUUCAAAAGGAUCACAAUCCACAUUUCCAGCAAUCUUCUAUCCACAGUCAUACUGUACCUUUAUGUUUGACAUCUCCAAUUUCAUGGAAACCAACUUCAAGUAUGGAUGUUUCAGAUAAUCAACCCCAUAAAAACGAUGAAGAGAGUGUGGAUUUUCAUUCUGAGCAAAACAACAAUUGUAUAAACGAGAACUCUAUUAAUGAGAGGCCAUGGCGAAUUCCAAACCCACCUGAUAGAUCUUCUGAUGAGAAACUUGCAGUGCAUGUUGGUGGGGCUUAUUGGACUAGAUCAUCUGCACUUAUACUACAUUUCCAUAAGUGGUUUAAUAAUGAUGCUGACUCUCAAAGUAAAGGGGCAAUUACUAUGAAAGGUACUACUCUGUCUUCGCCCAAUGGGAUUCGUGUUGUUGAAUUCAGAGAUUCUGAAGGAACUUCGAUUGGUCAUCUUGAAUAUUUAGCAGGUGUUGGAACUGAGUCAGUUGAUUUAACUCAAUCUGACUUACUUCAGAACUUAUCAAAUGAUAUCAAGGAGGUAUCAUUCAUUGCUGAAGACAAUGUUGGAAACAUUUUGAAAUCUAAAUUAGACUUAGAAAAAUUUUUAAUAGUUCCUUAAAAUAUUAUUCUUCUGUUUUGUGAUACUUUAUUAUAUUUAUUCCUGUAAAUUUUCAAUAUUUUUUCUUAUUUUGUAUCUUUAGUAAUGUAAUUAUUUUGAUUUUUUUUUUAUAAAUAGUUGGUAUUUAGUUGAGAAAAGAAAUUUAAUAUAAUAUUUUAGAGUUUGAAAUAAGAUAUUUAUAAUUUUAUAGUUGGUUUCUUGAACUGUAUUUCUAUAAAUGUUUCUAUCUGUGAAAGACUAUUUGUAUUAAAUAAUUCUUGACAAUGUUUGUGAGAUGAUCUAACCCAUGGCCACCAGCUUACCCCAAGUAGGUUGUCAAGAAUAAUAAUUGCAAGCUGGUAUUUGUAACAUAUUAUUAAUAUUAGACUGCUUUAUAUUUUAUAUUUAAAGAAAUAUAUUCAUAUAAUGUAUAUCUUUAUGUUGCUAUCUAUAUCAAGUAGACAAGACUUCAAAUGCAGGCAUAUUUCAAAUUGGCUUGUGUAGCAUAAUUUUACAACAUAUUUGUCCAUGCAGAAUUUAUAUUUCAGAAACUCUCUGCCACAUUUAAUUUUGACAGCUUCUUAGUAGGGAGGGGGGAAAGGGGAAAAAAGAGAAACGGAAAUUUUUAAUGCUAUAAUUUUCAGGAGAGAAAAAAAAAUCACUCAGAUUUUAAGUUUUAUUUGGCGAUAAUGCCAAUGUAAACAACUUUGGCUGUUACAAUUUAAUUAAUAUUGGGCUGUUAUUAUUAAAAAUUAAUAAAAAUUAUUAUUUUUGUUUAAUUUGGCUGUUAUAAUUAAAUUAACACUUAAUUUAUACAAAAUAUCAUUUAAAUAGAAAAAGAAGCAGCAACUAAGUUUUGUGAUAAUAAGUUUAAAUUAUAUCUAGUCAUAUUGGUCUCUUCAAUUUUGUAUGACCAUGUUUAUGCAUCUUACAGCAAGCAUUGCACAUAAAUUAUUAUAUAUUUUUUGCAGGCCAUGCUCAGGCAAUUAUAUAUAUUUAAAGUGUAUAUUUUUAAGUGUUUAGUGUUUUAAGUUUAAGUGACACAUUUUAACUCAAUUGAAGUUUAUUUAAUAAAUGGGUGAAUGGGAUGCAGUAAUAAAAAAGUAUGAUUGUUAAUUGUCAAAUAAGAAAUUCAUAUAAAAAUACCAAAAUAAAGGGGAAAUAAUUCUUUAUUUCUGAAAAUAUUAUAAUAUUUUAGAGAUAUUUGUAGUAUUUAUUGUAUUAAUUAAUUAAUUCCUGUAUAUUGAUAGCUUAUUCAUUAAUCGAAAUUUCUUAUGUACUAUGUACUUCUUGAAUAUUUAAGACUUAUAGUGAAUUUUUAUAAUCAAAAUGAAUUAUACUAUUGAAAUUGAUUGGAUUGUAAAUAAAAUAUAAUG